UCGUCGUCGGCGUCGGCGUCGUCGUCGUCCCCGCGAUCCCCCCGCGACCCACCCCGCCAUUCACCCCGCGACGCACCCCUUCGCUCUCAGCCGCCGCUGCGGCGUGCCGCGCCUGCCUCCCGCCUUCGUCGCCGGGCCCCGCGCAAGCCCGUCCCUCCCCUGGGGGGGCCCAGGCAAGGCGCGCGCGCGCGCCGGCCGUGCCCUCGAUGGAGGCGGCUGCCGCCCUCGGUGGCUGCUGGCCGGCCAGCCUGCCCGAAGCGCAGACGCCCUCGAAGUCGCCGGCGACGUUCAUGCAGCGCGAGGGCUCCAUGGCCUCGACGGCGGCGCCGGAGCCUCGGAAGCGGGGGGCGGACGGCGGCCCAUGGGGCGCGCAGGAGGCCAUCCUAGAGGGCGCCCUCAGGGCCGCCGUGGCUGGCGCCCGCGCAGACGGCGGCCGGCAGCUGCGGGCCGCCAUCGGCGGGCUGGAGGAUUUGCUGCAGCGCGCGCGCCUGGCGCUGAGCCAGGUGGAGGCGGACGAGGCGGACCGCGAAGGCGCCAGGCGGCAGUUGAGUGAUAGUCACCUCUCCGCGGCCGACCUGUCCAGCGAUGAGGAACCCUCGCGGAGCCCGCCGAGCUUGGACGCCGCGGGCCACGGGGCCUGCUGGGAGUCCGACCUCGACCGCCUGUCCACCGUCUCCAGCGGGGCAUCCGGCGGCUCCGACCAGCCCGCGGCCCCCAGCGAGGCGCCCCCGUCGCGCCGGUUCUGCGGCUGCCGCGGGGGCGCCAGUCUUGUCCUGGGACUGUGCGCAGCCUGGGGCCUGCCGCACGCACCCAGCGACCUGGUACAGACGGACUUUCACGCGACACCGACGAUCCCCCCGGAGGCUCCCAGCCAGCCAGUCGGGCUCAGCUGCCACAUCCUCGCCAGCGACCGCGACGGGGGUGGACCCCAGGGGGGGGCCCUGGAGAAGGGCCCCAACCGGACGCUCAAGGCAACGUGCUCCCACGGAGCUCUGAGCCUCUGGACGGCCCAGGGGACCCUCCCGAAGGCGAGUACUCGAGGUGCGCACCUGGACUUGGAAGGGACGGGGAAGGACGUGGAGGCGCGGGGGGCGGCCGGAGGCGAUUGCCCGCCCGCAGCCAACGGGCUCGCUCGGGACGGCGGGGACGCCAGGGCGAACGGCGCCGUGGCCGCUGGGCCGCCGGCCGCGGGGGAGUUCGACUGGGCCGCGGCGGAGCCGCUGCCGGGGCCGCCGGAGGUGCGCACCCUGGCGUCCUACUCUCGGCGGCGCGCAGAGGUGCGCCCCCUCGCCGGCGUGGCCUCCAGCUGCCUCCGGUCCCGCGGGGGCGCCCAGCUGGGUGAUGGCGAGUCCCCGGAGGCCAUCGACGUUGUCUCCCCAGCCUGGAGCGUGCGAGUGCUGCAGGAGGUGCCGGAGGCUCCCCACAUCGACCUCUGCCUGGAGCGCAGCCUGGAGCCCCUGCAGGCGCCCGACGGCGGCUUCGAGCUCACUGUGGAGCUGGUGGCGGCGCUGGGCCUCGCGGAGCCCGGCCGCGUGCUCGCCGAAGCCGCGGCCCCGGACGCGCGCGUCCUCGGCGCCCUGCUGGUGCUCAAGGCGGCGGCGCACUACAUGCCGGAGAGAUGGCCGCCGCUGCUCUGGUCGGUGUGCUCGCGCGCAGAGGGCUUCGCCAGCGGCCACCUCGGGCUCACGUCCGAGGGGCUGUGGGCCGCGCUGGGCGCGGUGGGCGACGCCCUGGAGCCUCCCGCCUCGCUGCCGGGCCGGAUGGUCGCCGCGCUCCUGGCGAACUUCGCGCCUCCCGGGCGCUGGUCGUUCUUCGAGCUCUGGCCGCGCCUGCUCUCCGAGAGCACGCGCGCGGCGCUCCGCGAGGAGGGCGCGUGUUUCUGCCCCCGCUUCUUCCUGGUGGACCUGGCGUGCGCCGGGGCGUCGCCGUACGACAUCGACAGGGGUUUCCCCCUGGUGCGCCGGGGCGCCAGCUUGUUCGUCGGCCAGCCCGGCGGCGAGGAUGGCGGGGGCCGCGACGCCAUGCGACAGGGCCGGCAGCUCGAGGCGGCCCUGGUGUCGUUCGGCUGGCUGGAGGAGGACCACGUGCUGACGGAGCUGCGGCUCCCGUCGCCCGCCUCCGCCACGGGCCCCGGCGGCCCGGGCCAGCGCGGCGCGGUGCGCGCGGUGUACUCCGCCGCGCCGGACGCGGUCGAGGCGCACGGCGACGCCCUGGCCGCGGCCGCCGAACCGCUGCGCGGCGGGGACGAGCAGGCCUACGAGGCCGCGGGGUACACCCUCGAGGCCGUGCUGCCGGUGGCCACGGGGGCGCACGAGAAGUGCAGGAUUUGGAGGUCGCAGCGCCAGGGGGCGCCGGCUGGCGCGUACGUGGAGGUUAAGAAGACGACGCACUUGCAGGGGUCGCCAGGCGUGUUCAAGAUCACGAAAUUCUGGUUGCAGGCCGCUCUGAUGGGUUGCGGGGGCGUGGUCGUUGCCACGACGCAGGGGUCCUCCGACGGCAACGUCGCCUGCGGCGUGCGGCGCAUGAGCGUAGAGCAAUGCGAGCAGCAGGUGGAGGCCUGGCGAAUCUGGGGCAUGCUGGAGAGCAUGCUGCGGCACAUCCUGCAAGCGACUGCUGCCUCGCAGGGCCGCUGGACGCUGCGGAUCCAGAAGGUCAGGGGCUACGGUGCUCGCGUGAAGCUCCUGCUCCAGCCAGGCUGGCACAGCGACGAGUGGCUGCUCGACGACGGGCUUGCUGGCAUCGAGGAGCGCCUGAUAGGGCUCUUCGACUGA